AUGGAAAUCCAUGCGGCGCAGUGGAGCAGAGCGUCAAAAGGAUAUGAAAUAAAAAUUAUCACUCGGGAUGCUGCCGUUAUCCAACUAGACGGGUUUGAGCAGGAAGACUUUGAUCGUGCUGCCAAAGCCUUUAAGAUUUGGUACGGCAUUAACCUAGAACACAAGGAGCAUGCGCUGCGAGGCUGGAAUUGGGGCAAGGCCGAGUUUGGGCGUGCGGAAUUAGCAUUCAAUGUCCAGAACAGACCAGCGUUCGAAAUCCCUUACUCCGAGAUCUCCAACACGAAUCUGGCGGGAAAGAAUGAGAUUGCCGUCGAAUUCAACCUCGACUCGGAGCCCACCCAGAAUGGCACGAAUGGUCAGAAAGCCGGGAAUACUAAGAAUCGGGGCCGCAAGGCAGCCGCUGGACGAGACGAACUGGUGGAGAUGCGAUUUUAUAUCCCAGGCACAGUUUCCAAGAAAGAUGUCAACGGGGAAGAGGGAAGUGGCACAGAACAAGAAGAGGAAGAGGAGCAAAAUGCCGCCAACUUGUUUUAUGAGACCUUGAUGGAUAAGGCAGAGAUUGGGGAAGUCGCCGGUGCUACGUUCGCGACCUUCCAGGACAUCUUGCAUCUCACACCCAGAGGACGUUUCGAUAUCGACAUGUACGAAAACUCGUUCCGAUUACGUGGUAAGACGUAUGAUUACAAGAUCCAGUACCAGUCGAUCAAAAAGUUUUUCAUUCUGCCCAAGAACGACGAAAUGCACACAAUGAUCACCCUGGGGCUGGAUCCGCCACUUCGACAAGGACAAACAAGAUAUCCUUUCAUUGUGAUGCAACUCAAGCUCGAUGAUGAGGUGAACCUAGAUCUCAACAUGACGGAUGAGCUCCUUGAGACCAAGUAUAAAGACAAGCUGGAGGCGCACUACGAAGCACCGAUCCAUCAUGUUAUCGCCAAAGUCUUCAAGGGUCUAUCCGGAAAGAAGAUAAUCAUGCCCUCCAAGGACUUUGUCAGUCAUCACAACAUGAACGGGGUUAAGUGCUCCAUCAAGGCCAAUGAAGGCUUGCUUUUCUGCCUGGACAAGAGUUUCAUCUUUGUGCCUAAGCCUGCCACCUACGUGCCGAUCGAUUCUAUACAGAGCAUCACUAUGUCGCGGGUGGGAGGAGCUCUUGCAGCCAGCCGCACAUUCGACAUUACCAUGACCCUGAAAGGCGGCCAGGGAGAGCAUCAAUUCAGCAACAUCAACCGCGAGGAGCAACAGCCACUAGAAGCAUUUUUCCAGGCUAAAGGCAUCCGCUUUAAGAAUGAGAUGCUGGAUGACUCGUCUACGCUUUUGAAAGCAGCUCUGGUGGACCAGGAUCUUGCCUCGUCAGACGAGGAUGACAACGCCGGCGCCAAUCGGGGUUCAGCUGACGAGGAUGACGACUCGCCCGACGAAGAUUUUGAAGCGUCAUCUGAGAGCGAUGUAGCCGAGGAGUUUGAUUCAGCACACGAAAGCAGUGGCAGUGAUGCGGGUAGCGAUGCAGAGAUGGCUGAUGCUGAUGGAGAUAAUGAUGAGGGCGCCAGCGAGGACGAGGACACAAGGCCCAAGAAGAAGGCAAAGAAGUAG